GAAUCACCCAAACUGGUUCUGGAAUUAUCUGUGUAGUUACUGUUAGUUGCCCAAAAUUUAAGGCUCGCUAAGUCGAAAUCUCAUAAACUAUUCACAAACCAGUGAUUUUUUGUCAAAAAGACGAAUUCAAUCGAAUAAAAACAGAGGUGAAUUUUUAACAAAUGACCAAUAUUGAGCAGCACCAUGACGUGGUUAAGGAAAGUUUGUUUCAAUUUAUCCGGAAACAUAUUCCGAAAGCCGAUCUUAACAUAGUGGAUGAUAUCGUCCUGUCAUACGUAAUCUCUAUCCUUGAGGAAGCCUCUCAGGAUCCUUGCUUUGAUGUGGAAGGUUUCAUCGAAAUGAUGUCGGCGUACUUCAACGACUUUGCCAAUAUUGAACCGGAAACGGUGUGCACUUGGAUUUUCGAGCUGGAAAACCAAAUCUCCAACAAAAAUCCGAUUUCUUCUAGCACGGAAUCGAACAACUUGUCGCUGAAUUCGCUGUCCCUUGUGGAUAUGAUACCCGAGGAAAAGCUACGCGGCCGCCAUUCAUCCGAAAGUGAUCGUGAAGGAGUCGGUAACGAUGUGCAGAAGAGAACGCAUCAUCUGUCCGACAGUGAUGGAGGUUCGAACGAGGGCUGCAACUAUGAUCUCUUUGCUGAGCAGUGCGAUGUACUACAGGAAAUGUUCCCCGACAGUUCGUUCAUUGAGGUGAAGCAUUGCAUUUUAAUUGCCAACGGGGAUGUCGAUCGCGCAACACAAAUACUGCUUCACCGCCAAGAAGCAGGACAAAGCCUGAAGGGACCUUCAAACAAUAUGCAGGCCAACAAACCGCUUCAGAAAGUCGAUGAACAUGAGCUUAAAAAUCGAAUUAUCUCAAAGUAUUCAUAUGUCGAUAAGGAAGACAACCGAGAGUAUAAGCCAGUAGCCCCGAAAGUCGAACCGAAGAAGUUGAUUCGCUAUCGGGACAACAAGAUCGUUUCGUUCAAGGGCGAACGGUACACGGAGGUGUCCCGCCGCGGCGGUGAGGAAGAGACUGAACUCAAAAAACCUAAGAAACCUAUUUGUCCGUAACUAAUGAUACUCACCCUUACUCUAACUAGUUCAUAGCGAAACGUUAAGAGCUUCGUUGAAGCUGUAGUCGAAUAUGAACACAAUGUAACCGUUGCUGAUGCCGGUGGGCAACAGCUGCCCAGCCCACGGCGAUGACACGUUCCGGGCUGGCGGUCUGUUGCCCGCCGAAGACGGAUCCCCCUUCCCUGUGAAAACGACAGUAUGUCGGUCACCUUAAGACUUAUAGUCAUUCUUCUCGAAACAAAAAUACAUAAGCAUACGCAUAAUAGAUGGAAAAAAAGAUCUGAACAAUUCAGUAAACCAGUAGUAGUAACCAGAAAUUCGGUAAUUUCGAACUACCUAAUUUCAUCGUCUUUUAUAAUUGUACAAAAUGUUCGUAAUGUACGUUAGUCAGGAAAUGGUAGGUUCUCCUGUACUUAAAUUAUAUAUACCGUAAUAGUACCGAUAGUAAUAGUAUAUCUAGGUUUCUGACACGGAUCAUACGAAAUAUUUUAAGUCGGUCUUAAUAUUUAGUUCCUUUCUGCAAGAGAAACAUUGCUGCUUCUACCUGCAUUCCUUUUCCACUUUGUAAACCUAGGUAACCGAAAUAAGUGUAUAACAAAAGCUGAGAACAAAUAAUUAUUG